UGGGAUUGGCUCUUCAAAUGAACGACAACAGAAAUGGCCCAAUCAGAGCUUGUUGCGAAGGUAAUUCCGUCGCAUGUGAGUGGGAUUUGAUGAAUUAUGCAAAUUUGAGCAGUUGUUCCCCUCCUCGGAUGAGAGGCUCGAUUCAGGAUAGCCGGGGACUUUUAUUGUUCUUUUAGUAAGAUAAAAAAGUUUCAUUUUGUCUUUCGCUACAGAAUAUAUUAGAUGAGAAUGACUCCUUGUGUUUUGAGACAUUAGAGGAAGGCACUAUCUCCGCAUUGGGAUGUUAUAGGCCCGGAAAUUAUGAAAAGCCGGUAGUGUAAGUGCAGCGAACAGUUUCGCCGGUCGGGGCUGCUCUUUGUCUGACACAGAGAGUAGUCAACGCGUGCUCUUUUGUUUAGGAUUUUGUCUUUGUUUAACUGCAAACGGGCAAUCUUUGUUCUCGUUCUGGCCUCACGAGGUUGAAAUAUUUGUUUUGAAACAUGCAUCAUAUGAAGAAGUAUUUCACCGAGGGACUCAUUCAGUUUACGAUUCUGCUUAGUUUGAUAGGUGUUCGCGUGGAUGUCGACACUUACUUUAGCGGCUACUUUUCGCCGUUGAUAGAAACGGACGGAGGGCCGAGCUCGGCUUUUAUGCAGACCCAUUUUCACCACUAUCGGGACACCGCGGCGGGCCAUCAAGUGCAUCCAAAAUCUACCGAGCUGGACUAUUUUUUCACCAGCCGCAGGCUGCUGAAUGAAGUGCGUGCGCUCGGGUCCCCGGCCCGCUUCCCCACGCAUGUCAGCGCAUGGUUGGUGCACCUGGUGCCUGAUGAGGGUUCCGAUGUCAGUGAGCCACACGACCUGUCAGGGGACCUUGAUGACGAGAACGUAAAUACCGAAAAUCAUCGGGAAGAGGGCGAUCACAGGACUGGAGAGGUCUUCGGACGGUCAGUAUCUCAGGACUGCACCGUUUCAAGGCCUUGCUGUGCAGCUGGUGAACUUUCCAAAGAGGAAACUUUACUGAAGCAAGAGAAUGAGGAGGAGGAUGAGAAAGAUGAGAGAGGGCAGGAGGAAACCAGCCCUGCUUCACUGAACCAGCUGACUCAUAGCUCAGCAUUAGAGCAGGAGGAUUUGCUGAGUAGUACCCUUCCUCCACCUCUUUCUGGGCUUGAGCUUCCUCCACAGUGGCAGGACUUCCUCUCUGAGUUUGAUAAUUUUGACUCUAUGGUCCCCCAACACAUGUCAGAUUUAGAAGCCGACCUUCCUAAUCCCAUCAGCUAUGAUGUAAGCCUUCAAGAUGCCAUGGUAACCAGGGGAGAUUCAGCGAACUGCAGGCCCGCAUCUUCCCGAGCACCCCUCUUCCGUCUGGAAUCCACAAACUCUUCUCACUCAAUCCCACCUCAGACCUCAGCAGGGCCAAUUCCUUCAUCGCUCUUCUGUUUGUCCGGGAACAGCUCUCGUAAUGAAACCUCCCCUACGCAGAUGGGAGGCUUUCUAGAUGAGGCUGUUUUUGAGCACAUCAACAUGUUGGAUCUGGGUAAUCUUGGCACGAUCGACCCUGAGAUGCUGGAUGGCAUGCAAAGUGAGAUGGACACACCAUGGCUGGAGGAUUCAGACUCUGGGCUGUCUUUGGAGAGCAGUUCUAGGAGCGCCGCGUCCCCGUCUACUACGUCCGAUUCGUUUUGCGAGGAUGAGGGUGGAGCUACAGGCUAUAGCAGUGAAGUAGAGUCUCUUUCUUCAAAAGGCGGCGCUUGUGCAGCUGCUUACCGUGACUGGUCGCCUGUGAACCUUCAUGACAACAUUUGGCAUGAUCAUACCUACUCAGCCCCACAGGCUCAAAAUUCCACACCGUCUAGCUGGAUCACAAAUAUCAAACAGGAAGUGAUGAGCGAAGAUGAAUCUGAACCUGAAGAGAUAAGUCGCGACGAACGUCGGGUGCAGGCGUUGGGUCUUCAAUUUUCAGCUUUUCAGAUUGUCAACAUGCCUGUAGAAAACUUCCUGGAGUUGCUUGACAGGCAGAAUCUUUCAGGAUCAGAAGUCACACUCUUGCGUGAUGUGCGGCGAAGAGGUAAAAACAAGCUUGCCGCUCAGAAUUGCCGCAAGAGGAAGUUGGAUGCGAUCCUGGGCCUGCAGGGUGAGGUUGAGGGCCUUGCGGAGCAGCGAGAUGCUCUUCUGCGCCAGAGAGCCCACACAGCCAAGUCACUUUCUGCAGCCGCUGAACAUUUCGAGGCGCUCUCGAGGACAGUGUUGAGUCAUAUCCGGGAUGAAUAUGGACAUCCUCUGAACCCUGAGCACUAUACGCUGCACUGCAGUGCUAACGGACGGGUGAUGGUUCAGCCCCGCACAAACACAACGUCAAGGACAAUGGCUGGUAGCAAGACAGUGAAGAGAAAGAAGGUCAAGAAGCCCUAAGGAACUUUGUGUGUGUGUGCGCAUGUGUUUGUGUUUACAAACAAAUAUUUUUGUUUUCUGAAAGGCGAGUUUUUAUCCUUGAGACAAGAUGUGUUGGAGCAUUUUUGGCUCUUCUUUGUUCCUAAAAGCCAUUCGUAACUCAAGUGGAGGGCAAAAAGAAUACUGUAAAAAUACUACACUUAUGGUUGGGAGCAGCCUUGUUCGCUUGCUGGAGAGAAUGUACUGAAAACACUGGAUGUUGUGUAUAGUAAGAGUUCGUAUAAGGUGUAUUUCUAAAGAGCACCUAUUUUGCUUUUCUUUAACUGUUCAUUUAAAUGACCAGUUACUAAGUAAAGAAUGUUUGUAGAUGGUCACUGGAGGACCAUGUUAAAAAGUGUGCCUCGCUAUUUCUCGCAGGAUAGAGCUUAAAGGGAUAGUUCACCCAUGAAUGAAAAUGGUCAUUUACUCACUCUCAUGUCGGCCCAAACCUGUAUUACUUUUUUUUUUUUUUUUCCCUGCAGAACACAAUGAAAAUCAGUCCAAUGUUGUUUGUCAUUUUCUGUCAUCUUUUAUGUUUCACAAAGCAUGCAGGUUCGGAAUGAUAUGAGGUUGAGUUAAAAUGUUUGGGUGAACUCUCUUUUUAACACGAACCCCACAGAAAUGACCCAAAUUCAAUUCAAACCGUUUGCAAACAUUAAUAAAAUACAACCUCCAUCCAAAAAGACCGCUGCGGUCUCCUUCACACCUUGAUUUAUGUUUUUCUCGCCACUGAGAUAAAUAAAACGAUACACAGUUAAAAUAAUGUGAUUUUAUUCAUGACAAACAGGAUCCCGCUGCUUAAACUGUUCCUGUAUAUUAUUUUACUGUCAAAUUACAUUUAUGCACUUGCCUAACAAGAACAAUUAUAAUGCGUUCUAAUAGCUUUUUAUAAAGGCUUUAUAAGGUUGGAUUGCAGUUAUGUUUUCAACUUGGUUGUCCUUUUUAUUUUUUACACACCGUCACAUAUUAAAUAUACAUAUAGAAGUGGUUAUCUCUGAAGUGAAGUGAAAGUAAAACAAAACAAAAAAAAAACAGAAUUGACAAGUUUUGGUCUACCUCAUAGCACGGUUAUAAUUUGGAAAAGGCAAGUACUACAUCAGCUAUUAGUGAAUUAGCAUAAAAAGUUCUGGGCCCAAGCAAAUGAUCCUCAUGUUUUCUUCCUUUAUUGGCAGAGUGGUUUGAUUUGUGUUUCUCUCUCGCUCUUUUUAUUUCUUCGGUUUUUCUAUUUUGUGUGUUUUUGAGCAAUUUUUUUUUUUAUGUAUGUGUUUGAAAGGGGUUGGAAUACCUUUAACUUUAAACAGGGAUAUUCAAAAUCUAGCUCUUUUAUAUCUUUUAAAACGAAUAAAGGAGGACAAUGAAGUUACUGGUGACGAGUUUAUUCUUUUAAUUGUAUUUUUGUUUUAUGGAUCAUAGAUGCAAUGCUGAAUUUAAUAAAGCAGUGUCAAACUUAA